AUGGCUACCAGGGAAAACUCUUUGCGCGACAAGCAGAUCGCCUCCAUCAAGAAGAUUCUCAAUUUAAACGAGGCCGUCGAACCGAGCGAAAGUGACGAUACUCCCUCCGAUGGCGCGGUGGCAACCUCUGCCCCGAUAUCGAAAGAUGGCGUUCCUAUCUGGAAGCUCCUUGUGUUUGAUGACCUCGGCCGUGAUGUGAUUAGCCCAGUGCUCCAGGUGUCAGACCUGCGGUCGAUGGGGGUGACGAUGCACAUGCAUAUUGGAUCCCAGCGGGCCGCGAUUCCCGACGUCCCCGCGAUCUACCUUGUCGAACCCACUGCCGCGAACCUACAAGCGAUCACGAAUGAUCUUCAAAAAGGAUUGUACAGCUCCGCCCAUCUCAAUUUCCUGUCCUCGAUACCGCGGCCCCUGCUAGAGGAGUUUGCGGCGCAAACCGCUACAACCGGCACUUCGGAACAAAUUGCGCAGGUCUACGACCAAUACCUCAAUUUCAUUGUCACCGAGCCGGAUCUUUUCAGCUUGGGGAUGCAAAAGGAACACACAUACUGGGCAUUGAAUAGUGCCAAGACGAAAGAUGAAGAGCUAGACCGCGUGAUAGACCGUAUCGUCAGCGGGUUGUACAGUGUCGUAGUUACCUCAGGGGUGAUACCUAUUAUCCGCUGCCCAAGGGGUGCGGCAGCUGAGAUGAUUGCCACUAAACUGGACCGCAAACUCCGGGAUCAUGUCCUGAACUCCAAGGACAAUCUAUUUUCUUCUCAGCCACGAUCCGCGCCAGGGGCAACUGGAACCCCUACGUCCCGGCCCGUCCUCGUCAUUCUUGAUCGCAACGUUGAUUUGAUACCCAUGCUCUCUCACUCUUGGACUUAUCAGAGUCUUUGUUUUGAUAUCUUCAAGUCGGAGCUAAACCGCAUCACAAUUGAGACGCUUGUUGAUUCCGGUAACCCGGCAAAAGGAACCUCGAAAAAGACGUAUGAUCUCGCCGCCAAUGACUUCUUUUGGGCAAAGAAUGCUUGCCUCCCAUUCCCCCAAGUGGCUGAAGACAUCGACGCGGAGCUUACCAAGUAUAAGGAGGAAGCAGAGGCAAUCACAAAAAAGACUGGGGUCAGCGAUUUCGAAGACCUCCAACAAGAUACGAGUGCCAGCGCGCAGCAUCUAAAAGCGGCUAUUACCCUACUUCCUGAGCUUCGAGAGCGCAAGGCCACCCUCGACAUGCACAUGAACAUCUUGGCUGCCGUUUUAGGAGAAAUUCAAAACCGGCAACUCGACAAUUACUUUCAAUUGGAAGAAAACGUCAUGAAGCAGACUAAAGCACAGAUGCUGGAGUUGAUCAAGACAGACGGCAAAGGCCAGCCAGGCGAUAAACUAAGGCUAUUUGUCAUUUGGUUCCUCAGCACCGAACAAGAUGUGUCGAGGCAAGAGUGGUCCCAGUUUGAGGAGGCACUCGAGGCCGCCGGGUGUGACAAGACCAGCCUCGCAUACAUCCGACAGGUCCGAGCAACAACCAAAAUGACACAGCUCACAACCGUGACCAGUCAAGCGACAGCGGGUCAACAACAAUCCGGGUCCUCAGAUCUCUUCAAUCGCUUCUCAGCAAUUUCUACCCGCUUGACAGACCGGCUCAAGGAGACAGGUGUCCCAACCAACGCACUUACGUCCAAUGUCGCCUCGCUCCUCGGAGGAAUCAAGAACUUUCUACCUGUAGACAAGGACCUGACUGUGACCAAGAUUACUGAAUCCAUCAUGGACCCAUCAACUGCAAGUUCGUCCGCGAUUGCCAAGACCGAGAAUUACCUAUACUUCGACCCACGGAGUGCCAACGCGCGAGGUACGAUGCCACAACCGUCCGCGUUACGUGCAGGGGGCGGCGUGGCGACGACACCAGGUGGGCUUCCCGGGUCUGCCCUUGGCGCCCAAGCGGCCGGGACUAGUGCUAGCUUUGGGCAACGGAGGCAGGGCUUUUCGGAGGCAAUCGUGUUUAUGGUUGGGGGCGGGUCAAUGGACGAGUACGGGAAUCUUCAAGAAUGGGCGACCCGCACCGCGGCCGGUGACCGGGUCAAAAGGAGGGUAGUUUACGGUGCGAGUGAACUAGUGAAUGCGGGGCAGUUUAUCAAGGAAGAACUUGAUAAACUUGGUAGGGAGAUAUCUUGA